UGUCAAUGUCGAUUGGUGUAUGACUGGAUGUCAUUGACCGUCCAACGACUGUAUAGAAAGAACGUUGGUAGCGGUUAUAUACUUUUGUAACUGUCCGCCGUCUCCGCUGUCGUGAUUUUACAAUUGGUAUUGGUUUCAUAGAAAAGAUGGACACCAUAAAGAAAAAUUGGUUUACAGAAUCUUGUGAAAUGUGGCCUGGAAGCACAUUCUCAUUUGAAGUAAAAGAAGUUCUGCACCAGGAAAGAUCCCAGUUCCAAGAGAUCCAAGUCUUUGAUACCACAAGCCUCGGAAAAGUCCUUGUGUUGGAUGGAAUUAUUCAAUGCACACAGAAAGAUGAAUUCUCUUAUCAAGAGAUGAUAUCGUUCCUGCCUCUUUGUUGUCAUAAAAAUCCAGAGAAGGUGCUCAUAGUGGGUGGUGGAGAUGGUGGUGUCGCCAGGGAUGUAGCAAAACAUCCCAAAGUGAAGGAAAUUGUACAGGUGGAAAUCGACGCAAAAGUUAUAGAAGUCUCUAAGAAGUACCUUCCAUUCAUGGCUAUCGGUUUUGAAAGCAAAAAGCUGACGCUACACGUGGGGGAUGGCUUUGAAUUUAUGAAAAACCAUAGUCACGAAUUCGACGUUAUCAUAACAGACAGCAGCGAUCCUAUUGGGCCUGCGGUCAAUCUAUUCCAAGAAAAUUAUUUCGCAUUAAUGAAAAGUGCAUUAAAACCCAAUGGUAUAGUUUGUUCCCAAGCGGGUACCUUUUGGGACAGUAUGAAUUUAGUUAAAAAUACACUCCGUUUUUGCAAAAAUCAAUUCCCAAUCGCUGCGUACGCGACGACUUCAGUUCCGACAUAUCCGUGCGGUCAAAUCGGCUUCGUGAUUGGCUCUUUGGAUGAAAGCGUUAAACUUGACCAACCAACAACGAAAUUCUCGCACGAAGAAAUAAAAAAUAUGAAUUUGAGGUACUAUAACAGUGACGUCCAUAAAGCUGCGUUCUCACUUCCGUCUUUUGUUAAGAACGAAAUUGAAACUUAAUAUUAUGAAGAUGCUCUUGUACUUAUACAAUAUGUUUAUUAUUGUAUAUUAUUUUUACAUUUUAAAAUCAUUCCGGAUCCGUUUAUAAAUUUCAAAGCUCGAAUCGAAUCUAGUUUUAAGCGUUUCAAUAAUGUGGCCUGGUGCUAAAAGUAACAAAGUACAUUUUUAAAUAAAAUUUAAACAUGUCUGUUAUGCUUUCACGGCUAAACCUCGGAACUGAUGAUAUUGAAAUUUGGUAUGAAACAAGCUUGAACCCAAAAAAGGA